UCGUACACACGUGCUACCCGUCAUAAUAAUUAUGUAUGAAUUUCAUCAAACAGUAUUAAUAAGUAGUGAAUUAAUAACUCGUUAAACAAACAUUCUAAUACAGCUUCUUAUAAUUAUUCUAGCGACACAAUGGCUCUGGACGUAGAAACGUGCGGUUUUAUCGUGCGUUAUAACUUUAAUACUUCUAGCUAUUGUAGUGCCCAUAACUGUAUAUUUCACUCAUCAAUCAGACGCAUCGGUCUUCCCAGAAAUUCCAACCUCAUCAAUCGAGGGUAAUUGUCUAUCUGGAAAAUAUUCCUUUCUGACGCAAAUGCUGUGGACGUGGAAAUGGUAUAUAGGUUUAUCGUGCGUUCUAGCUUUAAUACUUCUGGGUAUUAUAGUGUUUAUAACUGUACAUUUCACUCAUCAAUCCGACAUAUCUCCCGCACCGCCCGAACCGACUACACCGUUUAAACCGACCACACCAACAACACCAUCCACACCAACCACACCAGAAAUUCCAAACUCAUCUACCGAGGAUAAUUGUCCAUCUAGAAAAUAUUUUGUUAUGCAAGCGCGACACGAGGCAAAUGGUAAUAACGAAACAGAGUUUCGCAUUGUCGAGCGGGACGAAUGGGGUGCACAGCCUUCGAGACCUUUAAGAAAAAUGAUGCUGCCAGUAUCAUAUGUAAUUAUUUUUCACACUGCGACAGCAUUCUGUACCACGCAAUCAAAGUGUGCAAACCAAUUGAGAAUUAUCCAGAAUAAUCAGAUGGAAGGUAUUUUUGACGAUAUCGCUUACAAUUUCAUGGUCGGAGGCGACGGCCUCGCAUAUGUUGGUAGAAACUGGAAUUACGUCGGUGGCUAUUCAAGACACUAUAACGGCAUAAGUAUUGGUAUUGCAUUCAUCGGUGAUUUCACUUCGGUUGUACCGCCGAAAACGCAAUUAAAUGCCGCGAAAGAGCUCAUAAAGUUCGGCGUCAGAGCCGAAAAAAUUGCGCCUGACUAUAAACUGUUAGGUGCGCGACAAGUUGUGACGACUAAGAAUCCUGGAAAUGCCUUAUAUAAUGAAAUUAUAAAAUGGCCUCAUUGGUCAUCCGAGCCCUACUGGUUAGAUAGACUUGUCAAAUCUGUCUAUGUCAGUUAGAUGUAAUUGCAACAUGUACAGAUAACAGUUAACUGAAAAUAUCGCGGGUCUAUUAUUCUCGUUUCGAGUGUAACAUUUUUUUUACACUAGAAUACAAUAAAAUGACAAAAAAGCAAUUCCUACAGAUUUUGUGGUAUUAAUAUUAGUAAAUAAAAGAAGAAAAGUUCAUGUAUAAAAAGUAUUGAGUGUUGAAGAUACAAAAGACAUGGUUCUGGUCGAACCUCAUAAUAAAAUUGAUAAUUAUGCAAUUAUGUAAUUAGCUUCGCCCUGUAUCAAUAUAACUACUAUCGAGAUAUAUAUUCCGAGAAAUGACUUCACUUGUGCUUUAAUCGCUUCUCUCGAUUAUAUUUGUAUACUUACAUACAUAUAUGUAAUAGGAGAAACCAGGGACAAACGUAACAAUUUUCUCAUUUGUGUUGAUAUCUUCGAUUUGCUUGUUUAUAUAUAAACUUUUUCUCUUUCAUAAGGUAAAAAUACAUUCUUUACUUACAUUAUAGUAUAGAUAAAAUUUAUCCACAUUUUAUAAUUACGUAGAAAAAUCAAAUUUUACAAAGAUCGAAAUUUGUUACAAUUGUCCCUACUCCUAGGGCUGGUUGUAACAGAGCUGAAGAUCGAGUUUAACAAGGUAAAAUAAAAGAAAUAAACAUAUAAUCAAUGUAGCGUAAUGUUUUAGUUCUUAAAAGACUUUUUUUAAAUAGUUCUAAAUAUUUUUAAUUAUUCUAAACAAACGUUGCUAAACCUCUACUUUACUUUGACCGUAUUCUUACGGCAUCGACACACAACUUCUCAUGACAGAGCUUCGAGCGCUACUAAGGUGAGGAAGGAGUUUAAAAGACAUUAUAUAACAGCAGAUAGAUUCGUACAGAAAUAUUAUUUUUUUAGUAAUCGCGUUUGUUACGUUUAUUCCGCGUUACUUUUGUCCCUGGUCUCCCCUAAUUUUUAACAAAGUAAGAGAGACCGGGGCGGGUCGUUACUACAAUUAUCUCGAAAUCUGUAUAUUGUGUGAACUCGCCAUUAAUAUUGUAAACGCUGCUUAUGGUGCUCAUAUGACCAACGGAGUUUAGUGAGAUUAUAUGCCAUGUUGUGAUUUUCAUUAAAGUAAACG